UUACAAAAUAGCAGCCAAGAUAAGGCAGUUAGGACCUGGGACAUGGGGAGCCUGGUGUUAGAAACACAGUAAAUGAUGAUGGAGUUGGCUGUGAGGAAACUACCAGUUCUCUCCUUCCCCAAGAUUGAUGUAAAGCCACAAGAACAAAGAAGAAGAGUAUCUUUUGUAUCUUCUGCUCUACCCGAAACAGUGGCUUCAGUGGCAAUUGCUGCUACAGUUGUUGGUGCAGCAGCUACCAUUCUUGUGAGGAGAAACAAAGCUGCAGAGGCAGCUGAGGUGCCUAUGAAAGACUGUGAAGCCUGUGGUGGUUCUGGUAUAUGUCCUGAAUGCAAAGGUGAAGGCUUUGUCCUUAAGAGACUGUCAGAUGAAAGUGCUGAGCGGGCAAGAUUAGCUUCUAAGAAUGCAGCCACUCGAUACACUGCAGGGCUUCCAAAGAAAUGGAGCUACUGCACAAAGUGCUCUUCUGCCCGAUCAUGCCGUACCUGCGAUGGCCGUGGAAAGAUAGUUUUGCUCUAACCAUCUUUCUUAAUUUAGUAGCGGCAUGAGAGUGUGCAUAUAUGACUUCUUACAUCUAAGAAUAUGAUCGGCUUCUAGUUGGGAAGAUUUGUAGUGAGAACUCAUUUUUUUAUGUUAUUUGGUUGUUCAUCA